GUUUAAGUAAGCAACCAUGGGAAUUUGGGUGACAAUCAGUUUGUUGUACGCAACAAUCGUUUUUGUAGAAGCCGCUUCUAUCCAAAAUGACCAGGAAGUCGCCGCAGCCGCAUUUUUCCGAGAAAAUCCCUACAUUCAUAGAAUGUUUCAGACCUUUUACAAUAACCACUUUGUAGCAUCCACGGAACUACAGAAGAAGCAAGACGUCUAUGGAUACUCGAAUAGUGCGCAAGAAAACAACCAACAUGUAGUCUACCAACCGGUGGAAGAUUACAUCUAUCAUACCUACGGCGACGAUUCUGAACUGUACGAAUUGAAGAAGAAGAAAAAGAAGCAGGUCCACUAUCAUCAACACAAACAUUUGCACGAGCACGAUCACAACCAAGAGCACAUCCACAAACAUCAAUCUUCGCAUCAACACGAAGAGCAGCACGGUCAUCAGCAUCAAGGUGGGCACACGCAUCAGCACAGCGCGCAGCAUUCUCAUGACCAUCAGAACAGUCAUUCGCAUGAUCAUGUUGGAAGUCACAAACACGAGCAUGCAGGACAACAUGAACAUCAACACAACUCAGCCCACCAACAUGGUCAUCAGCACGGCCACAAACACACCCACAGCGGCCACCACAGCCACGAUCAUAAACACGAGGAGGGCCAUACUCACGACCAUCACCAAUCUCAUUCUCACGGCCACGAUCACAGUCACAAACAUUCCGGCAAGCAUUCGCACCAUCACAAGGAAAGCGCCAAACAUGGUCACAAACACAGUCACGGUCAUAAGGAAGGUCACAGCCAUCAUUCGUCACAUAAGCACAGCCAUAGUCAUAAAAAAUGGUGA